AUGUCUCAACUAUUCUCUUAUCUACGUAAGUUGAAUAUAUUCAAAACAAAUGAUAAAGAUGAACAUGAAUAUGAAAAUGGAUUAAUAUCCACACGAAUUUAUCUCAUAUCGAUGUUAUUAAUUUUGGUUAGUAUAACCUUUAGUUUUGCAUUGAUUCCUCAAAUGACCAAGAUAACAAUCAAUUCACCAACAUUUGAACAAACAAAAACAUUUCCACAUGAUGCUCAAUGUAUUUGCUCACGUUUAUCAAUUCGAUAUGGAACAUUUUUAACAAUAACAGCUCGUUUUCAUCAAAUAUGUUCAAGUGAUUUGAUUUCUAAUCGAUGGAUCAAUGUGAUUUAUUCCGGAAAAAAUUCGACAUUCUUUCCUCCAGGAGAUUUUCGUGGAAUUGGCAGUUCACAAUUUCAAUCACUUGCAAGUUUUUGUUUUCUUUCACAAACAACAAUUGAAGAUAAUUUGAAUACAUUUUACGAUCUUUCCUUGAUAAACUCCGAACUUCUUUUCGAAGAUUUACUAAAAAUAACAAUUCAAUCAUCUAUCGAACAACUGAAGAUGAAUUUACCAGUCACUUUUACAUCCCAAUUGAAUCUUCUCAACAAUUUAAUCUUUGGUAAUCAACUUUUAUCGGGAUUAAAAACGAUUCUCAAUGUCAAAUAUGUCAAUGAAACAUCGGAUUUCUUCAUAAAUUAUUUGAUUUAUCCAAAUUCAUCUUCAUCAUCCAAUCGUUGUCUUAAUGAUUACAACAUUGUUAUUCCAUCGGGAUUUUACAAUCAAUCAGAAGAUGAACGAAUGAGUUUAUCAAUGGAAAUUCCUGGAUUUCGUAGUGGUUGUUUACCAAUAAAUUCUCUUCUUCAAUCAACAUUAGAAUGUUUUUAUGAUCGAAAAUGUAUUGAGAAAAUUCUUUCGUAUUUUCCUACAAAUCAAACAUUUCAAUCAUUAAAUCAAUCUGAACAAAGUAUUUUCUCUCCUCAAAUGACAAUUCAAUCUAUUAUUAAUCAAUUAAUGAUUGAGAAAUUGAUUUCGAAUAUUUCCUAUGAAAAUUAUUUUCUUCAAUGCGCACCGAUUUCUUGUAGUUAUACAAUUAAUAGAAAAAAUGAUUUUUUAUUUGUUCUAACUCAAAUGAUCAGUUUACUUAGUGGAUUAAAACUAAUCUUAGAAAAUCUUAUUCCGAAUUUAGUUCGAUUUUUAAGAAGAAAACCAAAUACACAACAAAAACAACCGAAAUCAAAGAUUCCACUUUCUCAACAUAUUAAUGAAAUAAAGGUAAAUCUGAAAAGACGUGCAAUUGAUUUAAAUCUCUUUGAAGACAAAAAUAAUCCUCAAUUGAUUUCGUAUGAAAAAUUUGGAACACGAUUUUAUCUAUUUCUUCUUUUAAUUUCAUUAACCAGUCUCACAAUUUAUUCAUCUAUUAUGGAAGAAAUCAUUCGAGAAAUCUUUCCCAAUCCAACAGAAUCUGAGUAUUAUCAACUUUAUGAAAAAUAUUCGACCAAUUUGAAUUGUCCAUGUUCGUCACUUUCGAUAUUCUAUGAUGAAUUUCUUUCCAUUGAAGCAAUUCAUGAUGAAAUCUGUUCGAGUGAUUUUGUUUCAUCGAAAUGGAUCGAUUAUUUGAUGAAAAAUGAACUCAAUGAUAAUUAUACAUUGAUCAAUUCCAGUAAAAUUCGUACAAAUCUGGGAACACAAAUGAACAUUUUGCGAACAUUGUGUAAUUAUUCAAAAGACAUGGUCAAUGAAAAUCUUCAAGUAUUUUCUCAAACAAAGUUUAUUAGUGCACAAGUGAUUUCAUUAAAUGAAUUUCAUUUACAAUUUCCUGAUUUAAUUAAACAAUGGCAAAUCAAUAUGAUUAGUGGAUGUCAACGUGUUAUUGAUCUUGUUCGAAUCACCAAUCAAGGAAAUCAAUAUCUCAAUAAUUUUUAUAAUUUUAAAUUCAAAAUCAAUAAUCACACAGUGAAUUUUAUUCCACAAAAUUAUUCGAAUUGUUCUUGUGAUUUAUCACAAAGUUGUAGUAAGAAAAUGUUUUCUUCAUUCUACGUCGGUUGUUCAUCAUUUGAAAGUUUAUUACAAGGAACAUUAGAAUGUUAUUAUAAUCGAACGUGUGUCAAUGAAAUUAUCAAAGAAAUUGGAAAUUCAUCUAAUUAUUUAACUAAUAUUUCAUUGUUGAUUAACAAUAAUAAUCAAUUCAAUGAAAAAAUUGAAUCAAUUGUUAAUCGUGUGAUGAUCGUUUCAUUGAAAACGAAUAUGUCAUUUUCAUCGUAUUAUCAAAAAUGUUCUCCGAGUUAUUGUGUAGUUGAACAAAUCUCUCGUCGAUCUGUGGCGAUGAUUUUAGUCAUCGUUCUUGGAAUUUUAGGAGGUUUAUCAACAGGUUUGAAGAUUUUUCUCGUUAUUUUCAUAAAAUUUAUCGGAAAAAUUCAUCAGAAGAAAAAUCUACUCAAAUCGAUUAUUUGUCAAGAACAAAAACAAUUUCAAUCUCGUUUGCAAUGUUUAUUUCUAAUAAUUUUGAUUCUAUUCUUUUAUUUAAUUAUAUUUCUUAGACCAAAAUUAACAACUGUUCAGAUUGAUUUACCAACAAUCUCGAUUUAUAAAGAUUUAUCGGUAAAACAACCGACAUUACGAUGUUUAUGUAAGGAAAUAUCUUUUCAAUAUGAAACAUUUCUUUCAAUUCAACCGUCAUUUCAUCUUAUUUGUUCAAAUUAUUCUAUUUCUGAUCAAUUGAUGGAAUUUCUUCAUGAAGAAAAUCCAGUUCAAUAUCGAAAUUUGCAAUUUUUAUCAUCAUUUUGUAAAAUAUCUCAACAGACAAUCGAUCAAUCAUUAUCACAAUUGUUAUUAACGAAUUUUGUUGGUUCAGAUUUAAUAUCUUCAAAUAUUUUAAAGAAUCAAAUCGAAAUUUUAAUCAAAGAAUUUCAUUUGAGAAUUUCUAAAACAUUUUUCACAACAUUUAAUCUUCUCCGUCAAGUUACUGAGAAUAAUCAACUAAUCAGUGGAUAUUCAACCAAUUGGAUUUAUGAAUUUGAUGAGAAGAAUGAUAAUUUUCAUACAUUAUCGAUUAUUUAUGAUGAAUGUGAUUGUGGUUUAUCAUCAAAAUGUACAAAAUUAUGGAAUGGAUGUUUUCCAUUAGAAACUUUUCUUCAAUCAACAUUAAAUUCAUCUUUUUUAACAAAUCAAUUUUCGACUAAUUUAACAAUAGAAUCGAUUCUUCAAGAAUUAAUGGUUGAAAAUUAUUCAUUUGAUUUAUCGUAUGAAAAAUAUUUUAAUCAAUGUUCACCUUUGUCGUGUACUUAUUCUUAUAUUGGUUAUCAAAAUGUUAUCGAUAUUUCUAAAAAAAAUAUGAAAGUAUUAUUUCUUAUUCUAAUGAUAAUCCCAAUUACUGGUGGUUAUUUCACUGGAUGUCCAAUGGAUGGAUGUGAAAAUACACUUAGUGGUUAUGUUGAUCUUGCUGUUGAGAGAUUUAAUGACCGUAUUGAAUGGCAACGUUUGGAUCUUCUUAUUAAUCCUUCUCGCGGUUGUAUUUCCAAUGGACAAUCUUCACUUAUAUGUACUGUCGACAUUGGACAUGUAUCAAUCAAUGUUACCAAUGGUCAAUUACUCUGGACAAUUGCUCUUAAUGUUGAAGGACGAUUCAUAGCAGAAUCGUUACCUGUAGUUAAUUAUCGAGGUUAUUUGAUCAUUGCCAAUGGUACACGAUGUAUAUUGAUUGAUCCACAAGGUGAAGUCGUUGGCAUUUUUGAUUAUAUUCCAAAAUUAAUUCCUCCAUUAGCUGGACCAUUUGUGACGAGUAAUGGUCAAAUCAUUGUCGCCGAUCAGAUCUCCUUUGUUGGAAUCGAAGAUUCAGGUAUUCCACUGGGUAUUCAAGCAUUACCUCCAGGUUACAAUCGUCUGUCAAGAUCAAUGAGUCUGAACAUGAAUAUUGAUCGAUGGUAUUUAAUUGCUCAACAUAAUACAACGUUAUCACAAGUGAUUAUUGCAGCUGAAACAACUGGUAGCAUCGUAGAACGAUUGCGUAUCGCUUGGCUAUACGAAUUCGGAAAACAAUCCAGUUUUUGUAAUCGAACCGAAGGACCUUUACUUUCUAUCGAUCGUAAAUGGCUCUUUGUUUCUAACACCACAGGAAUUCUUGUGAUUUCCGAUGAUGAUGAUUCAGCACAUACUGAAUAUCUUGUUAAUCUAUCGAACUUUUGUGCGAAUGACAUGGCCUUUUCUGAUACUGACUCAAUGUUAUUCGUAGUCGAUUCAUUCAUGUACAAUAUUCUUCUGGUUAAUGUUUCAACACAACAUAUUUCAUCGAUUUCCUUAAAAGAACUUGUUCAAGAAGAUAUCAUUGGACAAUUAUCACGAAUGACUCUGAUUCAGAAUCAUCGUCUAAUCAUCGUCGUUGUCAGCGCUUCUCGAAAAGCUUUAUUGUUAUUAAUUGAUGUUAACAUUCAUCGUCUGAUUUCUCGUGUUGAUCUUGGUUAUGUGUCAGAAACUCGAUCUCUGAGUCCACUAACCCAAUUGGCAUAUACUCAACUUAAUGAAGAACAAGCUUUCGUUACAAUAGCUCAUCAAGCUGUCGGAGUGAUGGCAGUUCGACUGUACAUAUCUCGUCGAUAA